AUGCAGCCUCACGUUACGGCUUUGAUCUGUCGACUGCUCGAGAUUGCCUGUCAACCGCCACCCGAUAGACAGCAGCAACAGGGUGUAGCCAAAUCCAUCCACCCUUGCUUGACCGGCUCGCCUGGGACAGUGGUAGCGCCGCUCUACAUCCCUCUCGUCCUCGACAAGGAUCGGCAGGACAUUCGUCUUCUUACAAUUCUCCCUGGCAUCGACGAUGAUAUCAACUGUUCUCUAGCUGUGGUCAAUCUUUGCAAAGCAGUGUCUUAUGAUGCUCUGUCUUACGUCUGGGGUACUCCAACUCCCACUAAGGUUAUCAAGGUCAAUGACCACGCUGUCGAUAUUGGACCGAACCUCUUUUCUGCGUUAUACAAUCUCAGAUCGCGAGAAAAGCCAUUGUUUCUGUGGGUAGACGCCCUUUGCAUCAAUCAGCAAGACGAUGCCGAGAAAAGUUGGCAGGUCGCCAUGAUGGCCGAUAUCUACCGUCAUGCCGAGAAUGUUCGCGUAUACGUGGGCGAAAAAGGAGACGCGGAACCCUUGUUCUCUUUUCUUAACCGAGAUGUUACAGGCGACGAACUGGAUGACCUGGACAAGGCUGCAGCACGCUCUGGAACCCCGAUCCUCGACCUGAUGCGCGCAUAUGUCGAUUUCUCCCUGCGGCCAUGGUUCUCUCGGAUCUGGGUCUUUCAAGAGUUUGCAGUGGCACCAAGACCGCCAAUAUGGCACUGCGAACGACAC